UAAAUGGUUAAAAAGAUGAACUCAUGUUUGGGGGAGUUAAAUGUUAAAUCUUUAGGGUCAACCCGGGUCCCACUCGGUCCAAGGUCUGAUGGGUGCCACACCUUGUUGCCAUACCCAGUUGACUCCCGUCAUGUGGCCAUUUGGCAGUGCAGUGCGCGUCUUGGACACGGCGCUGCGCUCUCGGCGCUCCGCCGCUCUGCUCGUCACUCCUCCCUCCAUCCAUCCAUCCCUCCCUCCCUCCACCUCAACCUCAGCGCCGAAACCGCUAGACCACAAGAGGAGAGAGAGAGAGGACCGUCCAUCCGCGUCUGCGAUCGUUAACCGAGGCACGCCGUCCCCCCCUUCACCCCCAGACAGACUUUCCGCUUAGCCAAGGAGACGCCGAUCAGCCUCCGGAGGUGCGUACCGCUCAUCUCAGCCGCACACAGCCGCGCUGUGCCGCUCUGUUCCGGGCCGGUCCUCCUCCACUCUGGAGGACAGUUUAUUCCCUGGAAGCUGGAUGAAUUAUUGGAGAGUUGUGAACAAGUGCGAGAAGAAAGCUGAGGCUCGGGAUCUGCCUCCUCGCUCCGUCCAGGGAAGACGAGACUCAGCCAGAGUUGUGGAGGAUAAUGGAGGGGACGUCCCUGUAUGUUCCUGUUGUGAUUUUACUGAUGCAAUGUUCCCCAUCCGUACCCGUCACCGUGUCGACCAAGAAACACAAUGUGGAGGUGCGCGAGGAAUCAGAUGCCGUCCUGUCCUGCAUAUUCCACACAGAGAGAGACCCGGAUCCACGAAUUGAGUGGAAGAAGAAGGGCAAAGAUAUUGCCUUUGUGUACUAUAACGGACACUUCAAACCUCCCUUCGAUGGCCGGGCGACCAUUGAAGGGGCCACGGUGACGCUCCGAAAGGUGACCCAGGAGGACGCCGGGGAGUACCGCUGUGAAAUCAGUGCUCCUAUGGAUUCCGUGACCUUGGGCGAGACCAACGUGACGCUCAAAGUCUUGGUGCCUCCACACACCCCGUCAUGCGAAAUCCCCAGUGGGGCAGUGACGGGCUCAGUGGUGCAGCUGCGCUGUAGGGACCGGCAGAGCAUCCCGCCCGCUACAUACUCCUGGUUCAAGGACGACCAGCUGAUCAGCGCGCCCCGCAACGCAAACGCUACCUAUCUAAUCAACUCCCACACAGGAAUACUGGAGUUUAAAGCGGUGGCCAAAGAGGACACCGGUCGAUACAGCUGCCGGGCUUCCAACAGAGUGGGAUCUCAGAUGUGCGAGGGCAAGCACAUGACGAUAGAGGACGUCAACGUCCCGGCCGUGGUGGCGGCGGUUGUGGUGGUCUGCCUGGUCGUCGUGAUCUGCGGAUGCGGGGGAUUCCUCCUCCACCGUAACGGGUUCUUCAGCCCAGGACACAGAGGAAGGUCAUUUUGGAUCUCCCAGUGUCAUGGUGCAGCCCACAUCAGCAGCCAAACCCUGCACAGAACUGAGGACACGUCCAAUGUCAACUACAUCCCUCCACCCCAAGAACCCCAGGAUUUUAAACACACCCAGUCAUUCAUGCUCUGAGAAGCUGGCCUUCCUUUGAGAACACAUCACCCCUGUGAUAAGGUGCCAACACUGGAUUCCCUGAUUCAUUUUGGACUCUGAAUGAGCUCUCGAUCUUCCAAUUGAUGCUAAUUUCAAUCUUCUUCCCUACUGCCGCUCCUGUCGGACGGGUUAUGACAAGCAAAGGCUUCUUCUUACUCUCUUGCUUUGCUGUGUGGGUCGUGUUUUUCUGCUCUUAUGGGAUUAAGUACAGUCUCGUGGCACUCUGCUCCCCUCUGGUGGUCCGAUAUUUGAACUUCAAAUUGAUCCAGGAGGACGAGCAAGAGCAUCUCCACACUUUGUUUCUUCCCUCUGCAGGCCAAUCGUUUGAACUACCUUUGUUUUUCUUUACCAAAGACCGAAAUUAAUUUAAGAUUUAUUAUUUUUAAAGGAGUUUUCCUUAAAGCCAUAUAUAUAUAUAUACAUACACACGGAAAGCAUUGUUUAAUCUACACAAACAUAAAUGCAGUUUACCUCAGCAUCUGCCAAUGUCUUAUCUUCUGUAACACUGGGGGCCCGAGAGCCACAGUGCUACACAAGAUUACAUGGAUAACAUGAAACCAGACCAAGACAACAGACUACAGCCAAUUAUGAGACCAACCCCAUUCCAUCCUAAUGUGCCUGCAUGGUCUUUUUUUUAUAUAUAAAUCUAUAUAUAUAUAUAUAUAUACCUUGUGCCUUUUUAAUUUGUCUGUCAUAUUUAUCUUUGGAUCACAGUUUUUUGUAAAGAACUUGCCUUACUUUUUUCUGUCUUUAUAUUUUUGUGCCACCGUUUGUCAACGUGGAGCGUCUGUUUUUAGACAGUGUGUGAAUGUUCAGAGUUUUAUUUGAA